ACUCGUAUCGUGCCUACCAACAUAAUAAAUAUAAGAUCUCGCCACCGAACGGAGUCAGUAUUCAAAGAGAAGCUACACAAGAAACUUGAUUAUAAAAAGUAAUACAAAACAGAAGUUUGUGAAUCAGAAGAGUGAAAUUAACGAAGCAACAAAUCAAAAUGAAAUAUUCGAAAAGUGCAAGUGCAUUGUUUUUUGGGGUGGCGAUAGUGUUCCUAGUGGCCACUUGUGUCAGUGAAGCAAAACCGAUCGACGCGUGGGAUCAGCUGUCAGCCGUCGGAGGCAAAAUGUUCUACAAAAUGUUGGAAUAUCUGGGCGAUUACGACGAUCUUGACGACGACAGUGUGUUAAGAAAGCGGGAAGAACCGGCCACUUUGCUACUGCCCAGUAAUCGGGUAGAGUACGGAGUUAAAAAUGACAAAUGCAAACUGCCAGUACGGAAGGGAGUUUGCCGAGCACUUCUGCCCAGGUGGAGAUACGACCCGGAGUCCAAAACAUGCCACGAGUUCACAUUCGGUGGUUGCGACGGAAAUGCCAAUAACUUCCUGACGUACGAAAAGUGCAUGGACACGUGCAAAGGAGUGUGAUCAAGGCGGCGGAUUUCUAGCUGACCGCUCCAAUCGAUCCCAGGCAAAACCUUGCGGUACAAAUUGAUAUUCCGGAUAACGGAUUUUUUUUUACGACGGGGAAGGGCGUCCACUGUGCACCCUGGAUCACUGGAAACGUCCAUUGGACACACUGAUUCGAUCGAAAACCCGCACCCGCGAUCAACUGCCCCACCAAGUGAUACUUUUUAGGCUUUAAGCUGAAAGCUGAAAUGCGUUGAACUUCUAGUAUUAUAUACACGUUUACACACUUUCGUUUUAAGAUAUUUAUUUAAUAAUAAAUAAACAGUGUAAUAAAAUCUACAAUUCUUACUGAUCAGUA